AUGAAGGACUUUUCAGUAACCGGUGGGCUGCUUCUCCUCUCAGCCCUGGCCCCCGCCAGUCUGGCAGCGACUAUUGCUCUUCCGGCUGCCGGUGCUCCCAGUGUUUUGAUCGCCACCGUGACUUCGACCUAUCCCACCACUGUCACCAACGUUGUCACCACCUCUUCGGCAGUGGUCACCACCAGUGUUGUCUGUGCCACUGGCACGGCCUCUCUAGGAUCCGGCUCUUCAUGCUCCAAUUAUGCUUGGUCCUCUGCCGGUGCUUACUAUCGGGAGAUGUGUGACGGCUCCUCCAUCAGUGGAGCAGUCACCCGAGCUGUGCUGAACGUUUACAGUCGCCAGCCAAAUAUCAAUGGCUGUGAAGUGUAUUGUCGUAUCUUCGAAAACAUGUGUAAUGCCUUCAAUUACUACCCGGCGGCGAGCAGUUGUCAGUACUUGUGGGCCACGGGCAAUGCAGUGGUCUCUGCUUCGGGCUAUCAGGCGCUCAGUACUUACUCCACCAACCCAUGCACAGAGACGGUCACGGCCAUGGAGACCGACUAUUCGACCGAGUAUGUGACCAGCCAGGCCACUACUGUCUAUACGGUGACGGUGACGGUCCCGACCAGCUCCGCUACAUCGACCGUCAUUUCGUCCACUCCUUCUCCGGUGUCCUCGACCGUCACUCCCACGGCUGUGGUGCCAUCGAGUGUAGCGUCAGCCUCAUCCGUGGUUCCUUCAUCGAUUGUCAUUCCCUCGUCGGUUUCUAAGGCCCCUUCAGCUUCAUCAGCUCCUUCUUCCGCUCCUUCUUCCGCUCCUUCUUCCGCUCCUUCUUCAAUCCCCUCAUCGAUCCGACCAUCGAUUCCCUCAUCUGUUGCCUCCUCCAUUCCAGCUCCCUUUCCUUCGCUAUCCCGCUCCACUCCCGUCGUGGUUCCCAGCCCUAGUGCCGGCUCCUCUUCCCUCCCUUUUCAGCAACUCAGCUCGCCGUCACCCCUGACCCAGUCGUCCUCCGUCCUUACCCCGCAGCAGUCAUCGUCCGCUCCCUCGCAGCCCGCGCGGGUCUCUUCGUUUGCAGUGAUCCCGGCCCCUGUCCAGUCCUCUGGCAGUGCUUUCUCCUCCACUCCAUCUUCAAGCCCCACUCAACCCUCAGUGAUUCCAUCGGCCGCGUCGAGCUCCUCCGCCGCUGUGGUCUCUCCCCACACCACCGAGCCCCCGACUGCUUCCGGGGAGGGCGACGAGGACGUGGUGACGUCGACUGUCUUGGCUACAGUUACGGUCACGGUCCUGUCCGACUGUGAUCAGCAAAGAGUUUACUGA